AUGAUCUCUAUAUUGCACUCUUUGGUCCUCCUUCUGUCUUUCUCCUUGUCGGUGCUUGCCACCCCAACAAGUAUAGACCGAGACACCAACGCUUACAGACUAUCUCGUGGUCUGCCAUUGAAGAAACCUCUAACACCGUUCAAUGCCACUAGGACAGCCGUCAAGAGACAACAACCUUCCGGCGCACCUCAGACGGGUAACUAUGUUAUCACUUACAACAAUCCCGCAAAAAGGAAGAGAUCCGGAAACUUGUAUGUCGCUCCAAAUUCGGCAAUCGGUGUUCUCAGUUACACUUCUGAUCAAACUUCAGCUGCGUUGAUCAAGACUCCAGGAACAGGUGCAUUCUCCAAUUCCGCCAUUCAAAUUUACGACUCCACUUCUGCAACUUGGCAACAUUUCUAUACGGUCAAAUUGAGCACCGGCACAAGUGGUUACGAUAUAAGUUACAUCACCUCUUCGACCGGUAUUAGUGUUUACAAGCAAUCUGCUUCAGGUGUUUUGGGGUACGAUUGGGUUGCUUCCGACACUCAAUACAGCUUCAGCCCUCAGAUGUAUGUUGCUAUAUAUGCUGGUUAUAGCGUGAUUGUAGGCGCCUAUUCGACAAGUGAUCUCACGAAUAAGGGGAUGACGAAUAUUGAGCCUGUCACCAUCACUUUUACAACUGAAACCGAAACCAAUCCAUGUCUUGGAAGAAAGAGAUGUUAA